AUGUCGGACACAGUCCACUGGGUUCUAGGCACACACGAACGCUUUUCUAACCGCGCCCUCGUCAGCGGCAUCUGUGCCCUCAUCCAGCAGGUGAGCGCUUACGGCUUGUGGGAUUCAUUUGGCCCCGCCGCCGACGAAACUCAGCCUCCGCUCAAGCUCUGGGCAAAGCACAACAGCCGGACUGCGGAGCAGCAGGCCAUCGGCGACAUUAGGAACACAACCGCUCGCCUUCGCAGCCCAGCCCUCACGAAACAGGAAAUCGCCGCUGUGGGCACCAUGGCCGCCGCCCGACUACCCUGCAGGCGCCUCUCCACUUUCGACUCGGCGGUUCAGGUCUCUCGGCUGAGUCUAUGCCGCCUUUGA